AUGCCAGCCGACAACGUCUCUACUUCGACCUCUGCGAGUACCAGCGGGACGGCGCCGAUUACAUGGAACAGUUCUUCAUGGACGUGGUGGGACGGAGAUGUGGGGCCUACAGCGGGUUCUACAAGUACCCCCGGGACUCCGCCGACUACGUGGACCGCGGCAGCUACUACGGCAAGUUCGUGGAAUGGAGGGCCUGCGGCGACAUGGGAUGCGUCUACAGGGACUGUGCACCAGUCUUUUGGAGGGACAAAGGGGCCUACGGAACGGCUCAUCGUCCCUACCUUCACCGGGGACACCGAGAAUGGCGGCGACCUUGGAACAUCGGCGCGGAGCUACCUGAGACAGGUGAAUGCUUGGGAGAAAAUGACCAAGUUGGCCCCAGACCAGCGUGCGCUGGUGCUAUAUCAGCACUUAUCUGGUUCUGCUUGGGUGAACUCUGAGUCUUUGAAUGUUGAGGAUCUCGCCCAUCCUGAAGGCGUGAGCCGUCUACGAGAAUGGAUUCGUCAGCACUACUUGGACGUGGAGGUCACUCAGGUGGGACGCUCUUUGAGUGACUUGUUCAGGAAGCUCCGCAGGCGUCCUCAACAGAGCUUCCGGGACUAUGCCGCGGAGUUCAACCGCUUGUUGGCGAGAGUCAUAGAGUGCGGUUGCGCUUUGCCAGACGUGGCCAAUGCUUGGCUCUUCGUGGACAGGGCCAACCUCGACGAGGCCACGGAGGUCAGUUUGCUUGCGAGCGUAGGUAACAAGUACGCCCUCAAGGCCUUGCAGUCUGCGGCUAUCGUCUUGGACAGGUCAAUGCGAAAACCCUGGGAGAAGGCAGGCUUCCGUGGGAAGCCCCAGAGUGUCAACCAGACGGACGACCUGGAUGGCGGCGAGGCUUCGGAUGUUGAGCCCCCUCUUCACGAUGACCCCGAAUGCAACUCCGAAGAACUCUACCUCACUUACAUGACAGCAAAGGCCCGCUACAAAGAGUCUGCCAAGGCACGGGGAACUGACUACAGAACCACUGAGUCCGACUCGGGUGGCAUCCGGAAGGCUGCCGAGGCCAAAAUCCAGUUGGCCAAAGCGAAGUCCCACUGCUCUGCUUGUGGGCAGAGGGGCCACUGGCACAGAGAUGCUAUUUGCCCCAAGUUCCCUGGCAAUGGCAACCAAGGUUCCGGCGCCAAGGCACAGACGAUCCACGUCACCAACGAGGUGUUUGAGCUCACCACGGGCACGCGCGACGGCCUCAAGGCGAUCCUGGACUCCGCUUGCUCUAAGACUGUGGUUGGGACUGGGUGGCUUCAGAAGUACCUGGACUAUGUCAAGGGAAGCGGCUACGAUGUGGUCUUUGUUUACGAGAAGGAGAGCUUCAAGUUCGGGGCCGCCAGCCGGAUCUACGAGUCUACCUAUGCCGCGGUGAUCCUCGUACCUCUUCUUGACCACCUCAUCGCGAUCAAAGCUUCGGUGAUCCACGGGGACAUCCCACUUCUUCUUUCGAGACCGGCUUUGGCACGACUCGGCCUCGUCUUGGACCUCGGAAGCAACGUUGCUACCUUCCGCGCACUCGACGGUGGCGAGGUCGAACUGGAGGAAACUACGAGUGGGCACCCUGCUGUUGUAGUUGAUCACUCCAAGCUGGCUAAGCCGGACACUUCAAGGCUCCCUGACAGCUGGGAGCCACAUGGAAUCGCGAUCCUUGGCCCUCGCGAGGUGUACAUGGUUGCUUGCAGCGGGGGUGUUUCGGGCGAUGAUCAAGGGGAUCCUGGUGAAGUCGAUGCGGUGACGAAGAUCUUUUACGACAAGAAGAUAGAUGGUGCUGUUAGGGACAUGCUGACGGGUGACGUUCUUAACGAGGACCUCUUUGUGACAUGGUGGGCCAACACAGAACUCGUAAACGAUUUUUGGAUUGAGCUACCCAACAAGCUAGUUCGUGUCCACAUCACUCCUCGAAGAAAGUUCUUUGAUCCUCGAAGAUGGGAGACAAGCCAAACUCACCUACGUGAUCUUUUGCUGCGUCAGCUUGGGAGUGUCAGGGAAUCAUGGGGCAUCGGUUGCAUGUCACGACGCAUGUUGUCUACAGUGACUGAGCAGUGGGCUGUCAAAGAUCUUGGAGAGUAUCCAACAUUGUGGGUCGGCCGCAGUGUGUUCAAUCGAGCUCAAUCUGUUGCCCCUUCGCUAUGGAAGAUGACAAAGGCCCAGUUGAUCGACGAGUGCAAGCGCCGGCAGCUGGCGUUCAACGAGGCUUGGACGUGUCCAGAACUCCGGACGAUCCUCAUCUCGGACCGGGAGUACGAGACCAAGAGGAAGGGAGUUGCGGUGCCGAAGGGCUUGUCGUCCAUGAACCUGGACGAGCUGAAGGCCGAAGCGCACAAGAUGGAGCUGACCGUGAAGUCCGGGGACACAAAGGGGAGUCUCAUGCUACGCAGAGACGAAGCGGCCCCGGCGGAUACCGUCAUGACCAUUGGUCGGUUCCGAGGGACAACGUUCGCCCAGAUCCCAGACAACUACGGGGACUGGGCGUCGGAGGAAGAACGCCAGAAUGGAACCAACAUGCACAACGACCUGAAGCGGUUUGUGGUGUGGCGGCGACAUCGCAGGUCCAAGGGACAGAACACUCCGGCUGCGGCGGCGAGCACCAUGGAGCCGACCUACCUCGACGCGGAGACCUACGCGACAGUGCCCCCGCCGCCGAUCAGCGAGACGGCUUCGUCGUCCUGGGCGAUGGUGGCGGACUACGAGAGUGCGUUCUCCGAGGGGUACAACCCGCAUGCGAGAGGCCGUCCGGCCUUGUGGAGGGAAGCCCAGACACCGGACUCGGAGGGCCCCGAGCGCAUGGAGCAGGAGAUCGACCCGGCCACGAUGGACGAGAUCCAGGCACUCGAAGCGCGCCUGGCCACCCUACGCGACAGGAUUUCAGAUCGUGUUCUUCUGGUUCGGAAGACUCGAACCAUGGGAUCCUUGCUACGCGCCACGGAGGUUCUCGAGGUCCUAAGGCCCAUCCUGGAGAAGACGCUGCCGGAGCUGCACUUCAUGAACGGGAUUUUACUUUCGGAAGGGAAGCGGUGCAAUCUUGGGUACUACGCCUACGGCACUUUCAAGGGAGUCGGCCGUCGCACGACCGAAUGGCCCAAGUUGACCACCUACUUGAACGAGUUCCUCGCUGACUGCGUUGGGGAAAGCGGUCAUGGGCAAGGCCGGGCCACGUGGGCGGCCCUUGCACUACUGGGCGACAUACCUACUGGGAUCCACACGGACCGGAACAACCUCAAGGGCAGCUUCAACUACCUGGUCAGUUUUGGCAGCGGCAAUGGAGGAGGGGUCUGGAUCCAGGAAAAGGGCGGCGGAACUUGGCGCCGCAGUGGAAAUGGCCAAGAGAUCGAGGGGCGCAUUGUUGACGCCCACGAGCAAGGAUGGGAGUUCGAUCCACGGCUUGCCCAUGCCACCGAGCCCUUCGACGGCGAGCGUUGGUUUCUUGCGGGAUACACCCCGCGUUCUUUUCCGGAAGCCUCCAAGAGUGAAAGGAAAAUCCUGAACGACCUCAAGUUCCCGGUGCCCACCAAGGCCGAGAUCCGGGAGAUCAAGAAGCGCGACGACUACGCGAUCGACACCCCGGAGAAGGAGGUUGCCCACAAAGGAGGUUCAAGUUCGCGACCAAAACGGAGCGUUCGGAAGGGCAUCCGCCAAACGGCCAUGAUGCUGUCUGUCUUGUUCACCACGGCCAUUUCGACCAUGUGCGGUGUUGUACGUGAUGCACUACCUGCUCAUGUCAGCCCUGAGACCGCCAUUCUUGAAGUUGGUGGACUCUCUGCUACCUGCCGGCUUGCCGAGUACGACAUCUGCGGCGACCACCUCGUGGAACCCCUGCUCCCUGAGGACGUGCUUUCCAACGACCACCCGGAGGACCUGGGCAUUGGCUACAUCGAGGCGGCGGUCAUCCGUCACCGACCCGGGCAGCUCUGGAUUCACAUGCUACCCGAAUGGGGCUGCGACGCGGUGUUCCGUGACUUGGUCGAGGCGGUCAGCUACCAACUCGGGAGGGGACAAGCAGUGGAUGCGGGCUACGACGUGACCUACGAUUUCACCGAGGACGGCCAUCAGUACAUCCGGAAGAGUUGCUCCCAGCACAAAGCGAAGAACGUGGAGCUGAAGAUGAGGGCGAUAGCGACCAGUCUGCGGCGUCUACACCAGAACCUUGGACACCCUAGCACUGCCGAUUUUGUUCGUCAUCUACGCCUGGCUGGGGCAUCCCGCGAAGUUCUGAAAGGGGCCAAGGGCCUAGAGUGCCAAGUUUGUCAAAGGAGCGAGCAGCCGGCUAUUCCCAAACCGGCUAAGAUUGCCCCCUGCUACCGAUUCAACGAGAUGGUUGGCACGGACUUGUUCUAUGUCCACGACAGCGAAGGCCGGCGACACCAGCUCCUCUCCAUCGUCGAUUUCUCGUCUGCCUACCACAUCGUUGUGCCAGUGCAGAAGAAAGACACCGUUACACUCGAGAAGGCGUUCUGUGAGAGUUGGGUUCAGAUUUUUGGGGCUCCGACCACGGUUGCGGUCGAUUUGGAGAACGGGUUGGAGAAGUCUCUAGCCCGUAUUGGCGAUUGGACGGGGACCCGCAUUCGCAGUGCGGCCGGACAGGCCCACCACCAGGCAGGCUACACAGAGCGCCAAGGAGCUAUCUGGAAGUCCCUUUUCGGCCGGAUCUGCGAGGAACACUCUGUAUGCCAAAGUGAUUUCCACCUCGCUGUGAGCGCAGUCUCUUCUGCAAAGAACCAGCUGACACGGACGAGCGGUUUCAGUCCUUGCCAGCAUGUGUUUGGAUCGAUGCCGGGGCUCCCAGAAGAUCUUCUUGAGGGUCCUCACGCUGACCACCCGGAGCAGGAGGCGAUCAUCGACGACAAGCACGCCCGUGAGGUCGCACUUCGAACGGCCGCUCGGGCCGCCUACUUCCAUGUCCAGACCGAUGAGAGAGUUCGCCGCGCCCUUGCAGGGCGUGCCCGUGUUGAAAGCCGAACCCCAGAAACCGGGGAAAGGGUCUUCUACUUUCGCAAGACGAAGAACAACAAGAAGGGCUACUGGGUCGGACCCGGAACCGUCAUCGGGCGAGAAGGCGCGAACCUAUGGAUCACCCGAGCCGGGAGAUGUGUUCUAUGUGCUCCAGAGCAUGUUCGGCUUGCAACCGGCGAGGAACUUGGUCAGGCCUUCAGCAUGAAGGUCGCGCAAGAAGACUUGGACAAGUUGUUGAAUGCCGACUCAGAUGAGCCGGGCGCCUACGAUGAGGAUCACGAGGACCAAGGGGACGAAGAGAUGCUCAACGCCGGGGCUGCUGGUGUUGGCGAAAUUGCGUAUGACAUGGAGCUGGACGGAGAAGAAGAACGACGUGGGCUACGACGUGACCUUGUUCGUGUACCUCCUCGUGUUCUGAAGCGACAGCGACGCAAGGGGCGCGGUGAAGAGGUGGCUGUUGACGGUGGGCCCCGCGAAGAGCCCAGUGAUGUGAACAUGAUCAAGCGAGCCCGCACCCAGCGGUCCCGCGAAAAGCAGCUAGAGAAGGAGAUCCCUUGGUCCCUCAUCCCGGAGUUCAUGAGGCCGAAGUUCCGGGAGAAGGAGAUGGUCCAGUGGCGAGAACAUGUGGACACUGGGGCCUUGGAAGCUCCCGUUUCGCCUACAGGGCUGGUCGUGGCUGGACACCUCGAUCCAGACGUGGGCGUCGCCAACAUCGAGGUCGACUCUCCCACGGUGUCGAGGGCAUCCUUGAUAUCUUUGCUUCAAAUAUGUGCUUCCAAGCGUUGGAAGGCUGCUGCAGGAGAUGUUCAAGCUGCUUUCUUACAAGGCGUUGAGCUCGGGCGUCAGUUGUGGAUGGCACAGCCAAAGUCCGGGAUUUCUGGACUGGAUCCAAGACAGAUCGCUCGGAUCAGGAAAGGAGUCUUCGGCCUAUCUGAGAGCCCGAGGAUGUGGUACGAUAGGCUUUCUAGCGUUCUACUUGGCGAGGUCUUCGACAUCGGAGGAGUGCGACACCGCCUCGUGCCGAGCCCUUUGGACCCUUGCGUGAUGAUGCUCAUCAAGGAUGGCGAAGCUUCUGAGCCAGCAGGAUACCUCGCCCUCCACGUGGACGACAUUUUGGUGGUCGCCAUCGACAACCGAUCAUUGAUCGGUGCCUUGAGCUGGCUGAGUAGCCAGAGUCGCCCAGACCUGACGCAGCUCCAACGGGCCCCUCUUACCGAGGAUGUUCGAUUCGUGAAUCAGCUCUCGGCCCGGGCCAAGGAGUUCCGCGAGAACGGGAUCUACCUGCGGCCUACCAAACUCGAGGACGCGGUGUUCCUCGUGUACCACGACGCGGCCUGGGCCAACGCCGAGCUCGAGGAGGCCGAGGACGGGUUCAAGCUCACGGCCGAGGAGAUCGGUCGCUUCACAGUUGGGCCACUUGAUCUUACUGGCCGACCGGGCUAUCCUCGACGGGUCUUGUUGCCGAACGAGUUUGCUCGAGUGGAGGAGCCAGUCAUGCAAGCGAGUGUGCCGUUCCACCUUUGGUGCGGAGACAAUGGCCGCGGUGGAGGGACUUGA